AUGCAUCACCAUCAUCAUCACGCACCAUUCGCCAUUGCUGGCUUACUAAUAAUUGUAACUGUUCUGACUGGAGUGGCAACAUUCACAAAUUAUUGGGGAGUUGCAAAAACCGGAAAUCUAUCAGGAAACAUGGGAAUUUACCAUUGGGGAGCAGCAAAUGCCAACAGACUUUUUCAAAGAAGCCCAGGAUGGUUGCAAUGUGUUGUUGUAUGUCAAUUGAUGGCAUUCUCUUUCGAACUCCUCUUCUGUCUAUUGGUCAUUCCGGCAAUCCUAUUCCGACGAAUGAUGCCUGUACAUGCGGCAUGUACUCUACUCUCCCUGAUUAUUUUCCUUCUCCUUCUGAUAUCCAUCAUUGUUUUUGGAGCCGGCAUCAACGGCUAUACGUUGAACGGAAUUAUUCCAUUGAAGGUCGGAUGGUCCUGGGGUAUUUCACUCGCUGCUACGAUCCUAGCACUAGUGAUGUUCUUGGUGUCUGCAAGUUCAACAGGAUAUGGAGUCUAUUAUCGAUAA